AUGGCUCUCCGAUCGUGCUUGCCCUUCCAGAGCCCUGCCGAGCAGCCGGCGUGGACAUCACGUGCAUCCAAUCCACGGGGUCAGGGAGCUGCCGUGGCAGAAGCUCAGCCUUUAGGACUCCGUCGCCACGCCUGGCUCGGACCGGGCUUUGGCCUUUCCGCCCUCGGCCUCAAAGGCUGUGGGGUGCACGGCGCGCGCGGCGCGCGCAGCACACGGCCCCCGGCGCGUUGCUCCAGGAUUGCCGCGCACGGCUCGGAGGGGGAGAUCGAGGAGGAGGAGGAGGAGGAGGAGCUCAUUGAGGGCUGGGUGGUGAAAUACCGGUCGUCAGACCGGGAGCGCCUCGGGCUCGCGGUCGUCGAGGCAAGCAGGACCCAGAAGAUGCUCCAGCCGCUCUGCACCUGGGAGGAUGGUGAACGCACCUUUGUAGUAGAUCUUCGGCGCAGUGCAAAGCGGGGAAGCUACGACAAGGUCGUUGUCAACGAGAUUCUGGACGCAGCGUUGGUGGCACAUGUGGCCUAUGUAGAUGGAGAUGGCCAGGCAAAGGUGAGCCCCAUGAUCUUCGGAAGAGAAGGAGAAUCUCUUUACCUCCAUGGCCAUGUGAGUGCCGGUGCACUGCGGAAUGGCUCCAUUGAUGUAUGCUUUUGUGUGACCUUAGAGGACGGUCUAGUGUUGGCGCGAGCCAACAUGCAUUCCAGCAUGAACUACCGUUGUGUCGUGGUUCAUGGGCAAGCCGCAGACAUGUCGGAGGAGGACUCGAAGAGGCAUGGUCUGGAUGUCAUCACCGACCACAUGUGCCAGGGCCAGGCAGCCCGGGCCAGGCCAAUGACCAGCGCCGAGGUCGCUUCGACGCGUGUUCUCCGACUCAAGCUGGAGGAUGGCAAAGUGAGUGCGAAGAUCCGUGCAGAAGGAGUCAACGAUGACAAGGAAGACGUCGAGCAGCUGAAGCACAUCUGGGCAGGCGUCAUUCCCAUCACGCGGGUCUAUGGACCACCCGAGAACAAUCACGACUCCAGUGCAGCCCCACCUCCGAUCGUCGUGAAUUACCCGAAGUUCCGGUCUGGCAAGUUUGGAAAUCGUGGCUUCGACUGGAAUUCUACUUCUGUUGCCGUGGUGGGGGCUGCGGCCGUAGUGGCGGCAGGAGUCGGCUUCGUGCUCGGUGAAGAAGCAGAGCCCUUCCCACUUGAUGACCGAGUCGUGUACAUCUUGGAUGACGUUUGUAUAAGCCACAGACAGUUGCCACGACCGGAGAAUCCGCAUGGUGAGGAGACGGAGGACACGUUCUUGGUUGGGGAGCUCGAAGAUCUUGAUGACGUGGAGAUCGUCAUCCGGCCCGAGCGAGAACCCCCCAGCAUGUGA